GUAUGCAUGUAUGUUUGUGCUCACAUACUCACACAUAUAUGUGUAUGUGCAUUUCCUCCUGUGGUCUAUAGCCAUAAAGGAGCAUAUGCUCAGUGAAUGCUCAGCGUAACAAAUCUCCCCCACUCAUGUUCCUGAUAGGCCUUUAACAAACUGCCCUAACUGGAAUAGAUGUGAUCCCCUCCACCCCCAGCUCCAGACAAGGCACCAUGGUGGAGAGUUCAUCCUGCAAGCCAGGACUUCAGAGUUCAGGCCUCAACUUCACCUCUAGCAAAACAAAGAGCACCUCUGGGAGAACUAUUCAUCAAAAGACAGGUCUUCCUCUCCCGCUGCUGUUCUUUCUCCUGUGCUCCAGAGCUGAAGCCGGGGAGAUCAUCAGGGGCCCAGAGUGCAAGCCUCACUCCCGACCUUACAUGGCCCACCUGGAUGUUGUCACUUCCCAGAAUAACCUGAAGAGUUGUGGAGGUUUCCUGAUAAGACAGAACUCUGUGCUGACAGCCGCUCACUGUGAGGGAAGGUCUAUAAUUGUCACCCUUGGGGCCCACAACAUUACAGAGAAAGAAGACACAUGGCAGAAGCUUGAGGUCAUAAAACAAUUCCCUCAUCCAAAAUUCGAUUACACUCUUACUCAUCAUGACAUCAUGUUACUAAAGUUGAAGGAGAAAGCCAACCGGACCCUGGCUGUUGGAACACUCCCCCUUCCAUCACAAUUCAACUUCAUCCUACCUAGGAGAAUGUGCCAGGUGGCUGGCUGGGGAAUAACAGAAAUGGACAAAUCAGGCUCCGACACUCUGCAAGAGGUGAAGCUGAGACUCAUGGAUCCCAAGGCCUGCAGACACUUCAAAAUGUUUGACCACAAUCUCCAGCUGUGUAUGGGCAAUCCUAGGAAAACAAAAUCUGCAUCUAAGGGAGACUCAGGGGGCCCUCUUCUGUGUGUUGGAGUGGCCCAUGGCAUUGUCUUCUAUGGACGGAAGGAUGUAAAACUCCCUGUUGUCUUCACCCGGAUCUCCCACUACCGGUCCUGGAUCAAUGAGGUUCUGAAGGAGAACUAA